CAGAACCUCUUUUGAAUUCACCCCCUCGCCCAUCCCCAGCAUACCACCCACGCACGCUUCGUUGCCAACUGCCGCUGAUUGCCUGUCAUGACCACAUUUACCAAGGUCUCCGACGAGGAGACGCCGAUCAUCCAUGUCGAUGCAGACAGGAAGAUCUCCAAGAUCGACCGCAUGAUCUAUGGUGGCUUCACCGAACAUAUGGGCCGCUGUAUCUACGGCGGCAUUUAUGACCCGAAAAGCCCCCUGGCCGACGCCAACGGGUUCCGCACCGAUGUGAUCGAGGCGCUGCGCGAGAUCGACGUGCCCGUGAUCCGCUACCCGGGCGGCAACUUUGUGGCGACGUACCACUGGCAGGACGGCGUGGGCCCGCGCGACAAGCGCCCGCGCCGGCCCGAGCUGGCGUGGCUGGGCGUCGAGACUAACGAGUUCGGCACCGACGAGUUCAUGACCUGGCUCGACCUUCUGAGCAAGGGGCGCGAGAGGCGCGUCGAACCCUACCUGUGCCUCAACAUGGGCACCGGAACCCUGGACGAGGCCCUAGCCUGGGUCGAGUACUGCAACGGCACGGGGGACACUCACUACGCCAAUAUGAGACGAAAGAACGGGCACCCGGAGCCGUACAAGGUGAAGUACUGGGCACUAGGAAACGAGGUCUGGGGCCCGUGGCAAAUCGAGCAGAUGACGCAAAAGGACUACGCAAAGAAGGCGAUCCAGUGGUCCAAGGCGCUGCGGUUGCUGGACCCGUCGAUAAAGCUGAUCCUGUGCGGCAAGACGGGCAUCUCGUCGUGGGACCAGUACGUGCUGAACGAGUGCGUCGGGGCGGUAGAUAUGCACUCGAUCCACAUCUACACGGCGGCCGCCUCGCACCUGGCCAACGCCGUUGCGCCGCUGAGCGCUGAGCGCGCCAUCCUGGCGACGGCGGGCAUGAUCGAGGUGGCGCGCGUUGAGAAGGACGUCAGCCCGGACGCGCCGCCCACGAGGAUCUGCUUCGACGAGUGGAACGUCUGGGACCCGGAGCGGGCGCCGGGGGAGCAGGGGGCCGAGGAGAAGUACACGCUCAGCGACGCGCUGGCCGUGGGCGUGUGGCUCAACGUCUUUGUGCGGCAGUCGCGCUGGGUGGGCAUGGCCAACCUCGCGCAGUCGGUCAACGUCAUCAGCCCGCUCACCACGUCGGCCGCGGGGCUGCUGAGGCACACGACGUGGUGGCCGCUGCUGCUCUUCGCCCGCCACGUUAGGGGGUGGACGCUCGGCUGCCACGUCCGCUGCGGGAGCUACGGCGGCGAGACGCGGCCGGCCUGGCUGCGCGGCGCCCUCGAGGACGGCGCGCCGUGGCUCGACGUCAGCGCGUCCGUCGACGGCGACGGCUGGGUUAGCCUGGCCGUCGUCAACAUCCACGAGACCGCAAGCUUCGAGACCGAGGUCAGGGGGGCUGGCGCCAAGGUGGACGUGUACACGGUGACGGGGGAGUCUGCCGACGUGGUCAACACGGAGGGCAACGAGGUUGUGGGCAUCAAGGAAAGCAGCUGGGAUGGGAAGGGCAAAUUUAGCUUUCCAAGGCUGUCUUUGACCAUGUUGCGAUGGAAGUCGGGUUGAAUUGUAGUUUGCACACCUAAGUGACCCCUGUACCUGUUAGCGCAUCAUCCCAUCGCUGCCUGGAGCCCCACCCCGGCUCAAGGCUCCCCGCUGCCUGGAGCGCGUCUUGGAGGAGCUGAACCCCGCGUUCAGCUCCAGCUGAGCUGCACGCUUUUUGACCAGCCCAUAAACCACACCGUCGUUUUUUUUCUCUUGUAAACAAACUGCUGGUGCCCAAACCUCAAGCAAUCGCGAAAAGCAAAGAGCUGCCCACAACACCAAAACUCGAGAGGAACCCCCGCAAACAGACUGAAG